GCGUCGACGGCCUUGCCGCCGCCGCGGCUGAGGCCACCAAGGCCCGGCGCGAGAAGGAGGCGGAGCACGCGCAGGCCAUGCUCGCGCUCUACGACUCUGACAAGGCCUUCCGCAACCUCUACGACGGCGUCGCCGACCUCUUCGUCUGGCUGCUCAAGUCGGACCUGGAGCACCUGCGCACGGGCGACAUGGCUAAGAUCGUGUUCGCCGCCAAGUGCGCUCGUCGUACGCAUCGGUCUCCUUUGCUCCAUGGGUGCCGCUGGCUGAGGAUGGAGUAGCAGGCAUAGAAGAAAUCUACAGCCAAUUUCUCUUGGCUGCGCCAUCUUCCGCUGACAGUAACUCUACACAACAGCCUGCUAAGAAUUGUACAAUCAAAUGCUUAUCUCACAUGAGAAAAAAAACUUAGUGUCACAUGUUUUACGGAGAUACAAAUAUAUAGAUGGCCAUAAAGAAAUUCUAUUCGAAGCUGUCUAACUGAUUGAGUGAGCUGAAACCUGCCCGAGCCAAUUUAUUUACCUUUGGAUAUUAAUAUCUCAUCUUGCUCCGUUACCAAACUACUUGGUUUUCUAGGUGCACCAGGAGAAGUCUGAUGAUAAGGCUGAAGCUCUUUCAUCUUC